AGAGUGAGAGAGGUCGGCACCGGCCUCCCUGGCGACCAUCUCCCGCCGAGUGCUUGGGCGGCCCACUGGUUUUGUUUUCAAUGCUUUGUUUGCCCUCUCACGGACGAAGCGUCCCAGCAAAAGGCUUGCGUUUCUGUCGAGGCUUGGGACUUGUUAAAGUGACCCCCAAGGCCGUGAUCUGCACGCAAUGGGUCGGGUAGGCUGGUAACGUAGGACGGGCUGGUGGCGCACUUGUCAGAUGCUGGGAGGGACAGCACAUUCUACUGAUGUACGGUCAUUUAAAAGCAGAUCAACUGAAAUAUUGAAAACACAAUGAAUUAUGAUGUGGGGGCAAAUGAUUCAAGUACUAGUCAAAUGCAUGCAAUAGAAGGAUUACGCAGUUGCACUCUAAGGAACAACGCAGAAACUGUGACAUCUUCCAAAUCAGAAACCCCUUUACAUGUAACAGGGAACAAGGGAAGGAUCCUUACCCCUGCAGAAGCAGAAAAGCUCAUGAAGGACCAGAGUUUGGUGUCAGAUUAUAAACAACAAAAGCUGGAAAGAGAGGCACAGAAAAACUGGGAUUUGUUUUACAAGAGGAACAGCACCAACUUCUUCAAAGAUAGACACUGGACAACCAGGGAGUUUGAAGAGCUGAAAGCGUGUAGAGAUCUUGAGCAUCAAAAACUGAUUGUCUUGGAAGCAGGCUGUGGAGUUGGAAACUGUUUAUUCCCUCUAUUAGAGUGCGAUCCGAAUGUUUUCAUUUAUGCUUGUGACUUCUCUCCCCGAGCUGUAGAAUUUGUGAAGCAAAAUCGCUUGUAUAACUCUGAACGAUGUAAGGCCUUUCAGUGUGACCUGACAAAAGAUGACUUACUGGAGAAUGUGCCUCCUGACUCUGUGGAUGUUGUUAUGCUGAUUUUUGUGCUCUCCGCCAUUCAUCCUGAGAAGAUGCAGCUGGCCUUAGAAAAUAUUUAUAAAAUACUAAAACCAGGUGGAUGCAUCUUAUUCAGAGAUUAUGGACUGUAUGAUCACGCCAUGCUUAGAUUCAAAUCUGGCCAUAAGCUUGGCCCAAACUUUUAUGUUCGACAAGAUGGAACCAGAUCCUUCUUUUUUUCUGAUGAGUAUGUGGCACAGCUCCUGACGUCUGCUGGUUAUGAGGUGUUGGUGAAUGAAUAUGUUUUCCGAGAGACUGUUAAUAAGAAGGAAGGUCUGUGCGUUCCAAGAGUUUUUCUUCAAUGCAAAUUUAAGAAGUCAAAGAGCACCGAGCACAUUGAACACAAGUGAUUCCAACUGCUGAUUUUUAAGAUGUUUUGAUAUUUCACUUGGACAAACCUUGUCAAGGGACAAGCAGUGCCAGACCAGUACCUGAAAUGGUGCUUUGGAAAUCUAAAGUAAGAGGCAGGAAUGAACUGGUGAUCUUUGCUGUGCUAUUGCCAAAAUGAUGUUUGCUGAGUGGGAGGAUUAGUGUUUUCCCCCACACAACUGAAGGAAGGUUGGAAGAGUGGGUGGUUCCAAGGUUGCACCUGUGCUCUUUCUAAUGGCUGACUCAAGGCAACGCUUGUUGAAUUUCUAGGAGAGGGUUAUCUUGUACACGUUGCAAAAAUUAAAAAAAAUACAAAUUAUUGCAUGUUCCAAGAUUGGAAUUUUAGGAAACUUCUACCUUGUUUAUUUCACUUUUGUAAAGUGUAAAUGUUGAACGUUUUACAAACUUUCAUUGUACUUACUGACCUUUGUUUUAAUAAACUCUCUUUUUAAAAAGUA